AUGUAUUCUAUUUUUUCUCCGUAUUACGGAGUAUUUCUCGGGCAUUUACUGCACACAGGGCUGUUUAUCCAUGGAGAAUGGCACGUUCAGGCCCCAAAGAUUCUUGUAUGUCAUCUGAUCUGCUUCUUUGGUCUCAUUGUCACCAUUCCAACCGCCUGGCAAUUCAUCGCCGGCUACUUGCUCGGCUUGCUGUCCAGUAUUCUCAUCUAUCGAAUCUUCUGUCAUCGGCUUCAUGCAUUUCCCGGCCCUAAACUGGCCAAGGCUUCUAAGCUGUGGCACUUGUGGCAGUCAAGGUCUUCUCGAAACCAUUUCUUCAUGGAGAAGUUGCAAAAGGAGUAUGGGGAUUUUGUGCGAACAGGCCCAGGCGAAAUCACUGUUUUCCAUCCUGAUGUUUUCAUGGCUAUCGAUGGACCACGAAGCAAAUGUUACAAGGGGGAAUGGUAUGAUUUGCUGCACCCAAAUGACUCUCUCGUGAAUAUACGAUGGAAGGAGAUCCAUCGGCCCCGACGCCGUAUAUGGAUGCAGGGAUUCAGCUCGAAAGCACUUGCUGAUGGCAAGUAUCAAGCCGUUGCCUUGAUUGACCAGUUGGAUCGUUGUAUCCAGGACGAUAUGGCAGUCGGCCGAAGCUCCGACAUUUCGGACCUCAUUUACUGGCUUAGCUUCGACCGUAUGGCACAAUUCGUCCUUGGCAGAUCAUUCAAUGCGCUGAGCGAUCCAGAAGGGCGUUUCAUGGUAGAAACGUUGCAGAAAGCGUUGUCAAUACUAGGACCAUUGAGUCCAACUCCCUGGCUCGUGCAAAUUAUCCUUCACCUUUUCCCUCGCGUCGGAAUCUUGAGGGACUGGUUUGCCACCACCGGCACUACUGCGAGGGAGUUGCGCAAGACAGAGGUCCCGGUCGAGAUGUCUCAGGCCACUGCGCUCGGGUCAUACCUUGUGAAGGCAGUCCACGAUGAUCCGACUCAAGAUAAGUGGCUACCUGGAGAUAGCCUUCUAGCCUUUGUCGCCGGAAGUGAUCCAACGGCCGGCAUCAUACAGGGUCUUCUCUUCGAGCUUGCACGAAACCCACAUCAAGCUGAGAUCCUCUAUCAGGAGCUCCAAAAGGAGAAGCAGGCGAAUCCUGACAGCAACAAGAGAGAUUAUGUUCCCCGGUGCAAGCAUCUCGAGGCUGCAAUCUUCGAAUCCAUGCGUCUAUAUCCUUCUUUGCCCUCAGGAGGUCAUCGGAAGACCCCACCUACCGAGGGGAUCACAGUGGCUGGUGUUUACAUUCCUGCCGACACCACCAUAGUAGCUCCGCGAUAUGCCAUCUCACGUCGCGAGGAUAGCUACGUUAAGCCCAAUGAAUUCGUUCCUGAGCGAUGGACUACACGGCCUGAAAUGGUCCUGAACCGUAAUGGCUUUGUACCAUUUGGAACUGCGUCCCGGAGUUGUCUUGGACGAGGUCUUGCCAUGAACGACAUGAUGAUGAUCUCCGCACAUAUUAUCCAGAAUUAUCGUAUGAGAUUUCCCCCAGGCGAGAACGGGGACAGUGUGCUAGAGAACUGGAAAGAUCAGUUCACGUCAUGCCUUGGUCGCUUUCAAUUGAGAUUCGAAAGACGGACAGAUAGGACUGAUACCGCUUGUAUGUAG